UCCAUCAGUAUCGCACACCACUAGCGCGGAGAGCGUCGGUGUUUGAUUACGCCAUCGACGAACACACGAGGGGAGAGGGAGGAAGCUAGUUUCACCGAGCUAGUGGGAGCUGUGGACUGAAAUUUAAAGCAUGGGGAAGCAGAAAACAAAGAAGUUUGCUGCGAUGAAGAGAAUGAUUAGUCUGAAGGAUUCAAGAUUAAAAGAGAAGGACCGCGCAAAGGCAAAAGAGAAGAGGAAGAAGAAGGACCCCUCGAUGCUCAAGGAGACAGAAGUGACAAAGUAUCCAUCAUGCAUGUUCUUCCAGUACAAUACCCAGCUUGGCCCGCCAUACCACAUUCUGGUCGACACCAAUUUCAUCAACUUCUCCAUCAAGGCCAAACUGGACAUUGUACAGUCUAUGAUGGAUUGCCUGUAUGCCAAAUGUAUCCCUUAUAUCACAGACUGUGUGAUGGCUGAGAUUGAAAAGCUUGGAAUGAAAUAUAGAGUGGCGCUCAGGAUAGCCAGGGAUCCUCGUUUUGAGCGCCUUCCAUGCACACACAAGGGAACAUAUGCUGAUGACUGUUUAGUCCAAAGGGUGACACAGCACAAAUGUUACAUCCUGGCGACUGUGGACAGAGAUCUGAAGAGACGGGUGAGGAAGAUCCCUGGAGUGCCCAUAAUGUACAUCUCAAACCACAGGUUUAAUAUUGAACGGAUGCCUGAUGACUACGGUGCUCCAAGGUUCUAGUGUGUCUGCAGCUGGACCUGUAAAUAGACUGCUUGUUGAAUAAGAUUUUCUUUUAAUGUAUAUUAAAAUACAAAUGUUUUGAAGUUUGAUUUGGUGAUGGUGGGGUGGGUUUGAUCAAAUGUGGGUAUUUUGUUCUUAUGAAACAUUUUGUCACAAUUUACUCUUUGCAUUGAAUAAAUGAAUUAUUGAAAUGCAA